CAUUCAGGGGCUCAGCGUGGAGCUGCACACACACACAGCGACAUGGCAAGACGAGCUGAGCGCUGUGUGAUGAUAUCAGUGUGUUUGCUGCUGCUGCUGCCGCUGUGCUGGGGAGUCGAGCCUGAUCACGAAUACUUAUAUGAAUUCACUGAUGCUCCAGACUACAACUCAACAUUUGAGUACAGCUUCUUUAGCAAUGUUAGCAGGGAAGAUCUGGAGAGGUUUUUAAAUGGAGAAGAGUUGGACACUGUAGGAGAAACAAACUUUACAGAAUCAGAAACAGAUGGACGGGUGCAUCAAGAAAAGCCCACCGAACCCCCAGUCAUGUUCGAGAGUCAGGCCUCUCGAUCGUCGCCUGUAUGUCUGCUACUUCAAUUGGUUGUAAUGGUUCAUCAUCUGCUCAGACUGCUAUAGCAGACCCAGUGAAUAUUACAGGAUCCUGUCACACAUCUGGAUAGGAGUCCAGAAGGAGGAGGAAGAGCAGAUGGACAGAUAACCUGAACGAAAGACUUUUGGAUGACACUCACACGCGCACACACACACACGCGCACACUCAAAAAGAGCAGUGGAUCCAUGACAAACCAUGACAACACAUGGCUUGCAAGCUGUAAAUGAAAAGACACAUUGUUCACCAUUCUUAGUCACCAAAAAACAAGCGCACAGAGGUCAGAGGUCUCAUAGGCUGGAAUAUGGAUGUGAAAUGGGGCUAAACUAAAUGACAGGUUCUUUUGUGGUUAUUCUUUCAGGCUGAGCACGAGCACAACAAAGAAGCUGAGGAAAAACAAGAUAUUUUUUCCCCUUUUUUGGUUAAUGAACAGAUGUAGAAAUGAAUGCGCAGACCGUCCACUGUCAUGUCAAACAAUGCUCUCUUUUAUGACAAAAAAAGCAAUGGAAUUUGAAUACAUCUCUCCCAUUUAUUCGAUUUUUUUAGUUUGAAAGCACACUUUUAAAUAUAUUGUGGAUAUCCUUUGUCCUGACCAAAUGCAUCAAAGCUCGCAAAACCAGACUAAUUGUUAGUAAUGCAUCAUGUACAUGCACAAAUAUAAUAUAUUACGCAGUUUAAUUUUUAAAGGGACAGUCAAAAAUAAUCAUGCUGCUGUUAAGUUAAGCAGUGUUUGGUAGUAUUUGUUAUAAAAGUAAAUAGAUACUGUAAUUAAAUGACUUUUCUCCUGACAAAGCGUAAAAAUUAACGGAUUACUUUUAAUUUUUAGGGUAACUUAAUUACAGUAACUUAUAAUGUGCUUGCCCUAAUUGUACAUAAAUGUAAAAAGGUCUGCAUAAAUCAAUUCAGAGACUAAAUUUAUUUUUGUUAUAUCAAUAUUUUGCUGAAUAAUUCUGUUUUCCACAAAAAAAAGUGACAUUUAUAAAGACAAUUGAAGAAACUGAGUCAAAAAUUAGUUAAUCACAAUAUCUAGUAUGAAUUCAGAAAAGUAGAGUAAUUAUACACUCACCGGCCACUUUAUUGGGUGCACCUUAAUAGUACCGGGUUGGACCGCUUUUGCCUUCAGAACUGCCUUAACCCUUCGUGGCAUAGAUUCAACAAGGUACUGGAAAUAUUCCUCAGAGAUUUUGGUCCAUUUUUACAUGAUGGCAUCACACAGUUGCUGCAGAUUUGACAGCUGCACAUCUAUGAUGCGAAUCUCCCGUUCCACCACAUCCCAAAGGUGCUCUAUUGGAUUGAGAUCUGGUGACUGUGGAGGCCAUUUGAGUACAGUGAACUCAUUGUCAUGUUCAAGAAACCAGUCUGAGAUGAUUCACACUUUAUGACAUGGUGCGUUAUCCUGCUGGAAGUAGCCAUCAGAAGACUGUGGUCAUAA